AUGGGCAUCGGGCAUGUUCGCUAUCCUACCGCCGGGAGCUCAAACCACGCCGAGGCCCAGCCGUUCUACGUCAACUCGCCCUAUGGAAUCUGUUUCGCCCACAAUGGAAACCUGAUCAACACGUCGAGCCUGCUCCGCUUCAUGGACGCCGAAGCACACCGACACAUCAACACCUCCUCAGAUUCAGAAGUGCUCCUGAACAUCUUCGCCAACGAGCUCCAAAAGACCGGCAAGUUCCGCAUCAACGAGGACGACAUCUUCACCGCCAUCGGCGGGCUCAUGAAGCAGGUCCGCGGCGCGUACGCCUGCGUCGCGAUGCUCGCUGGUUUCGGGAUUAUCGCUUUCCGCGACCCGAACGGGAUAAGGCCGUGCGGGAUGGCGUCCCGCAAGUCUGCGACUUCGGACGGCCGCGACUGGCUUAUCUCGAGCGAGAGCGUUGUCGCCGAUGCUGGAGGAUUCUCCGACUGGGAGGAUGUACGGCCUGGGGAGGCGAUUAUCAUCACUCGCAGCGGCGGCGUCUCGCGCAGGCAGGUGUCCGAGCCGGCUCAGUUCGCUCCGGACAUAUUUGAAUAUGUCUACUUCGCACGCCCGGACUCCGUCCUCGAUGGGAUAUCGGUGUACCGCAGCCGUAUGGCCAUGGGCGAUGCGCUCGCCGAUGAGGUUCGCCGCGUGCUCAAGGAGAAGAAUAUCUCGGUCGACGUCGUCAUUCCUGUCCCCGACACGAGCCGCGUCGCCGCGCUCAACCUGGCACAAGCGCUAGGCCUACCAUACCGCGAAGGCUUCGUGAAGAACCGCUACGUUGGGAGGACGUUCAUCAUGCCUGGACAGCAGAUGCGCAAGAAGAAUGUACGGCGCAAGCUGAACGCGAUGGCACUGGAGUUCGCAAACAAGAAUGUACUCUUGGUAGACGACUCCAUCGUACGCGGAACAACAUCCAAGGAGAUCAUUCAGAUGGCCAAAGACGUCGGCGCGAAGUCGGUCAUUAUGGCUUCAUGCGCCCCGCCCAUCCGAUACUCAAAUGUCUACGGCAUCGACAUGCCCUCACGCGUGGAACUCGUUGCGCACGGUCGUACGGACGAGGAAGUGGCGGAAGCCAUCGGCGCCGACCUCGUCAUCUAUCAGACUCUACCCGAUCUCAUCGAGUCCGUGCGCGGAUUAAACCCCGCGAUCAAGGAGUUCGACUGCUCAGUGUUCUCUGGACAGUACGUGACCGGCGGCGUCGACGAGGAGUACCUGGCUGGCCUCGAGCGUGUGCGUGCGGAUAACGCGAAGGCAAAGCUUCAAGUGGGCGGGAUCAGCGCGUUGGAGGGUAAGGGAGGCGGAGGUGUCGAGGCUCCGGGCGAGGAACAGCCUGCCGCUGCUACUGGGCCGCCGGCGAAUGGAGAUGAUACUGUAGGGUUGCAUAAUUCAUGGAGGGCGAGCUGA